AUGUCGGACGAAAUCGGAUCUUACGGCUGGACUGCCGUCCCAAGAGACCGUUCCAACGUCCCUUCUGCCGAGAAAGCUGCUGCUCCCCAAACCAACGCGGCCGCGGUCGACAUCACAGGCAUCUGGCCAGACAACGAGUUGACGGAAAAAGCGCGUGAAUACGCAAAGCGCGAGUUGCCUACCGAGACGUACAACCACAGUCUCCGAGUUUACGCCUACGGUCACCAGAUUGUCACGCAGUACUUGCCCGACUGGAAGUCGAGCACCUUUUUCGAAACGUGGGCAUUGACAUGCCUCUUCCACGAUAUCGGCACUACAGCGCAGAACAUGUCGUCUACGCACAUGUCGUUUGAUUUCCAGGGCGGCUUCAUCGCUCUGGCCAAGUUGCAGGAGCUUGGUGCGCCAAAGAUACAGGCGGAGAGUGUUGCUGAAGCUAUUAUUCGGCACCAGGAUCCUGGUGAGACUGGCACGAUUAGUGCCAUGGGACAGCUGAUACAGGUUGCAACUGAGUUUGAUAACAUGGGUUGGCAACCCCAUCUCAUAAGCCGUGAGGUGAUUGAGGCGGUAACACGACAACUACCCAGACUGGGCUGGUCGACUUGCUUCUCGCAACAGAUUCGCAAGGAGAUUGAGCAGAAGCCCUGGUGCCAUUCGACAGCGAUUCCGGGGUUUGCGGAGGCUGUGGCUGGCAACGAGCUUAUGAAGCCGUAUGAAUAA